ACUCCAACAGAAUAGAGGUCCCUUUCUGAACAGAAAAAAAAAAUCUCCUCUCUGAGCUUUGACUCAUCCUCUGUCUCUCACACCCGGGGAAGAGAGGAACGGCCGAAGGGAGAUGGGCGGCUACGAGAACGGUGACUCGCCGGCGGCCGCCGCCUGGGAGGGCGGCGUGAUCCUGGGCGUGGACGGAGGCACCACCAGCACCGUCUGCGUCUGCCUGCCGGCCGCAAUGCCACCACCGGAGGCGCCCGGCUCAGUCGCCGUGCUCUCCCGCGCCAUCGCCGGCUGCUCCAACCGUAAUUCCGUCGGAGAAAACGCUGCACUGGAAACUCUAGAACAGGUCAUGAUGCAGGCCCUAACAACGGCCAACACAGAUCGUUCUGCUGUUGUUGCAGUUUGCUUAUCUGUAUCUGGGGUGAACCAUCCUUCAGAUCAGCAGAGGAUGCUGGACUGGAUCUGCAACCUAUUCCCUGGAAAUGCCAAGUUUUAUGUGGAAAAUGAUGCGGUGGCAGCUUUAGCCAGUGGUACAAUGGGAAAGCUACAUGGCUGUGUAUUGAUUGCUGGCACAGGAAGCAUUGCUUAUGGGGUCACCGAAGAUGGAAAAGUAGCGAGAGCAGCUGGUGCCGGUCCUGUCUUAGGCGACUGGGGUAGUGGCUAUGGCAUUGCUGCACAGGCCCUCACAGCAGUAAUAAAAGCACAUGAUGGCCGUGGACCACAAACUAAUCUUACAAGAGAUAUCAUUAGGAAGCUUGAAAUUUCUUCACCAGAUGAGUUGAUUGGGUGGGCAUAUGCGGAUCCAUCUUGGGCCCGUAUUGCAGCUCUUGUACCUGUUGUGGUAUCUGCUGCUGAAGAUGGUGACAAAGUAGCAAACACGAUACUGCAUGAUGCAGUGCAAGAGUUGGCUGAAAGCGUUGUAGCUGUUGUUCGGCGCCUUACGUUGUGUGGUGAAGAUGGGAAAGACCAAUUUCCACUUGUAUUGGUUGGAGGUGUUCUCGAAGGAAAUAAGAAAUGGGACAUCAGUGGUGAGGUCAUAAAAUGCAUUUCCAAAGUCUUCCCAGGUGUCUGUCCUAUUCGGCCCGAGGUCAGUAUGAGAACUAAUAUACGCUGUUAUGAGAUCUUUGCAAUUCUCUGGGGAUUGAACAUUCUGAGGCUUUGGACAGUUUGGUGGAACCUGCAAUUGGUGCGGCGUUGCUAGCUUGGAGCCAUCUUCGUAAAGAGUCAAAGCUGCAAAAUGGCAGCUGAUUCCCAGCAUCGGAGAAUGAUGAAUGUAAGUUGGACAGCGUAAGUUGGAUGGAUUGCAAAACUAACGUGCAUUCAUUCUGUAAAAAGAAAAGAAAGGCGCAUUCAUCAGCGCCAAUUCUGCUGAUGUGUAAAGGAUGAUCUGGCGUUAUAGUGUGCGUGGGGAGGAUAUUAUGUGAUUGUACAAUUAUGAUGUAAGUUGUAGGCAAAGAAAUGACGACUGGAUCUUGAUUCUUGUUCUGACCUGUACUUGGUUUAUCGUUGUACCGGCCAGUGUAUCAUGGAUAUAGCCGCCCAUUCUCAAAUGUGUAUUUUGGCCUGUUUGGUUUAUUGAAAUGCUAAAGCUUUGCCAUUUUUGCAUUUAGCAAGGAAAAAGGCGAUUGCACAUGCACCAAUUACAGCCUUUUCAAAGUCUAAGUACAGCUUGCAUCUAAUUGAGUUGAUGUUGGGUCUGAAAUCUAGGAACAUCUGCGAGGGUUUUUUGCAGAAGGGUUGAGUGACUCCUGGCAUACCUCAUGCGUUUAUUUCGUCGUUUUCCAGGUUAUUCGUGUAGGACGAUCCGAUGGAUACGCAAUUCCAUAUUCUGGUAUUUCUUUCCACAAUCAACGGCGUGGCUCACUUGAGAUAAAACUGCAAAAUAGGUCAUUUUGUCAUGUUCGCGACGAAAUAUUCAAAAGAGAAGUGCUCUCUUUUCAGGUUGCGAAGCCCCCAAAGGGGUUGGCAUCUUCAGCUUGUACACCUUAAACGAGAGCAGAAGUGGACUAGAGUCUCUAAUUCCGCUCCCCUCUCGCGAACGCCCCGCUCCUAGGGUUCCCUCGCCGCCGCUAGCCGGAACCCGCUCCCCUUCCCCUCCCCUACCCCUCCCUUCCCUUCCCCGUACCCCCGCGUCGCCUCCCCGAGCGGGGCGACCAGGGGCCCCUUCGCCGCUCCUCUCCGGCGCCCCUCCCCCGCCCCUGCCUCCUCCCGCUGCCACCAGCGAGCACCGCCGGGCCUCGGCCGCAUGGUGCUGGCGGCGGCGGGCCUGCCCUUCCCCACGCAAGGCUCCCUCCUGCUCGGACGGUGGUGGCUUGCGGCGGUGCUCCUCGGCCGGCUUCGGUGCGGCCCGUCGGUGGUGGUGCCGCGGGCCCGGUGGCUCUCGACACGGCGGUGCGGCCGUUGGCUGUGGGGCGGCGCGGUGGUGAUGUGGCUGGCGGCGCCCGCCCAGCCCAGAUCUAGGCCCUUUUGGGCCCAUCUGGGUUGGGGCAGGCCGGUGGCUUGGUGCUCGGCGGCGACGUUCCUUGGUGGUGGCGUGGUGGCGGCGGUCUCUGGCGGUGAGUACUUCGUUGGCCGGCGUGCUGCAGCGUGGUGACAGGACUGUCCGGGUCCAUGUGGGCCCGGCCGAGCCAUCGAGGCCUGGCAAGUCCUCGUCGCCGCGUCCGGUCGGCUCCGCUGUGGCGGUGGAGGCUGUCCCCUCCUUCCGGUCGAGUUGUGGUCGCUCCCGUGGCUAGUGUCUCCUCUUCCUCUCCAAGCCUCGUGUUGACAGCUCCAGUGAAGCGGGGAGGGUUUUCCGGUAAUCGUGGUGGCACAAGCUGGUGGGUGGCCGAGGAGGUGGUGCAUUUCGAAAUGCCUGAGGUGGUGGUGGUGGUUGUGGAUCGGGAGAAAUCCCUGUUGGCCUGGCCGGCACCGAUGCGAUGACGCCUGCGGGCGCCGUCGGACCUUCCUGAGGGGCAUCGGGUAUACCCCUUCCCCACUAUCCCUCGCGUACCGGGGGAAACCCUAGAACUUGUUCGGGCAACAGCGGCGGCAUCGUCGCACUCCCUCUUGAGGGUGUUGCUUGGGGCGCGGCGCUUCGGGAUGCUGGGAGCGUGGUGGUACUUUUUCGGAGGGUGCAGCGGUUGCCGGACUUCCCUUCUUCGUUGAUCUGCCGGUGUCGGCAUUUAUUUCUCUUUCUUGUUGUUUUUCUGUUGGACUACUGAAAACUAGCAUCAAUCAGACUACUUGUAGACCGUCGGAUAGGAAGUAGGGUGUUUGUUUGAUCUGUUGAUUUAAGCCUGAACGGAACUGCCGAUCCUUGCUUCCUGGGAUUGCUUCCGUCAAUCAUGUGGUGCCCUGAUUACAUGGUAUUAGGAUUUAGGCCCCCUGAUUACGUGGUA